ACAGCGUAACAGAAACAACUGCUGCUACUACGUCUGCAUAUUCCGUUCUGUCGACCAGUAACAAAGUCUGUCCGAGGCUGUUUAAUCCCUCGUGCUUUCAGUAUUUUGCCUCUGUUCUGGAUACCACCGCUCAUUAACAAAAAGGAGAAAAUCAAACAAACUUCAUUCUGUGCUCCUGCCGUGCCGACGUGUCACCACAAUUACCCGGAAGCCGGUGACGUCACAGCUAAAGAUCCUCCGUAGCGGGAAAAUGGCAGAGUGGAAGACGCAGGUGACCUACAGCUAUAACCCGUCCUAUCAGACCUACUACGGGGUUCUGUAUCAGCCCAUGGCGGGACAGAAUCACCUGCCCGCCUGGAGCGAUAGCGGACUCACCGACCUGAGCAGCUACAAUGGCGGCGCUACGCAGAGCGUUACUACCGAUAUAAAUACCACCAUGACCGGCGAAGAGUCCCCUCCGCGCAGCCCCGAGAGCAGGAAUUGCUACCCGGGAACCGAACUGUCUUAUCUCCAUGACAGCCAUGAAGGGCAGCUAACGCUAGCUGCGCCGCCGGCGGAGAUCUAUGGAGGAGCGGGUGAAGUCAGACGGGCCAGGAGUGAUUCAAUCAGCGACUCUGAAGCGCACACUUCCCCUGAUUCUUGGAGCUCUGUGAGUAGCCGGGAAGGCAGCCUUCCGCAUGUGGACCCCACCACCUGGGUGGAGAGGGGCGUCUGUGAGGAGCCGCUCAUCAGGAGCCCAGGUGGCAGCGAAGAUGUUUCCAGCUCCCUGGUGAACUCCCCCCAGAACCUGGUUGCUCAAGAGAACGAGGCCAACAAUAGCCCCAUCCAUGCACAGGCUGCCUUUCCUGCCCCAAAGAAGAAUUGCACUGCUACGUCCACCAAUCCUAAAGCAAAGGUCCGAUCAGCCUUCUCUGAGAGCCAGAUGAACGCUCUCGUCCAGCGCUUCAGUGUUCAGAGGUACCUCACUCCAGCUGAGAUGAAGAACCUGGCAGAAAUGACUGGACUGACCUAUAAACAGGUGAAGACAUGGUUUCAGAACCGGAGGAUGAAGCUGAGGAGGCAUCAGAAGGAUACGAGCUGGGUGUCUGAGCGUUAUUCCAUCCGCAAGGAGAACUCGUAUCACAGACCCGUCUUCUCCAACAUGGCCUCACACAUCCCACCUUAUCAAGCAGAUGGCCACCCCCAGUUCAGGGGUCAUUACAACCAGCACAUCAUGGAGGCAACUUUUAAGAAGACCUCACAGAACCUGGCCUACUACCUUGCUGCUGGAUCUGCUCGGUAUCCACCGUGGCCCACUAACGCGUCACAAGCAGUCAUGCCCAACCGGCCCCAUCCGGCUGGCUGGGCGGUGCCACAAGGAGGCGUUUCCUUUGAUUACAACCCCUGCGCAAACAACUAUGUACACGCCACUACUGCUGAGAGCAAGGACCGGGAGCCUGUCAGCAGCUCCAUGAACACAGCUAUGGUUCAUGAUAGGAACCAGUAGCUUCGUCUGUCCAUCCAGCUCAUGUUAAUAGUUGUUUGCCGUCAUUUGUAGUUAAACACAGCUUUAUAAGCAGGGUGUGCAUAUGUUCUGGUCUGUUGGGGAGUUUUGUUUUUAUAUGAGACUAUUUAACGUGUAUCCUUUAUGCUUCGUCAUACCAGAUGUUUCUGGUUUGGAUGCACUUUGUUCCGCAAGUUUUUACAGAUCAUGCAAACAAGCUAACUUGACAUGCACACUUA